AUGCUCUACCUUGUUGGUCUUGGUCUCGCCGAUGAGACGGAUAUCACUGUCAAAGGACUGGAAGUUGUGAAGCGCGCUGCCAGAGUCUACCUUGAGGCAUACACUAGCAUUCUACACGUUGGAAAGGAUAAGUUGGAGUCAUUCUAUGGACGACCCGUAAUUGUAGCGGACCGCGAAAUGGUCGAGUCCUCCAGCGACGAGAUCCUGGAAGGAGCAGACAAGGCAGACAUUGCUUUCCUGGUUGUUGGUGAUCCUUUUGGAGCUACAACUCACACAGAUCUCGUCCUUCGAGCCCAUGAGCUCUCUAUCCCUGUCAAAUCUAUUCCCAAUGCCUCUAUUCUCAAUGCCAUUGGUGCAACUGGUCUCCAGCUCUAUAAUUUUGGCCAGACUGUCUCCAUGGUUUUCUUUACCGAGAAUUGGAGACCAGCCAGCUUCUACGAUCGCAUUCGAGAGAAUGCCUCAAUCGGCUUGCACACUUUAUUGUUACUGGACAUCAAGGUGAAAGAACAGUCACUUGAGAACAUGGCAAGAGGAAGAAAGAUCUACGAGCCUCCCCGGUACAUGACUGUUAUGCAGUGCGCCCAGCAGAUGCUGGAAAUAGAGGAUGAGAAAAAACAACACGUCUAUGCUGAAGACAGUUUGGCCAUCGGCUGUGCGAGAGUCGGUGCAGAUGACCAACAAUUUGCUUGUGGAACACUAAGAGAGCUAUGUGAUGUUGAUCUAGGCGCUCCGCUCCACAGCCUCGUGCUUCUUGGUAAAAGAGCGCAUGAGUUGGAGAAGGACUAUAUCAAAAAGUUUGCUGUAAAUGCAGAGACUUUUGAGCAGAGUUGGAAGAAGUACCAUGACAGGAGCCAGUGA